AUGGCGGCCGCUUCGCCACCAGCCCCCCAGUCUUACUCAGCCACGCCGUCAUCUUCGACGAAUGGGAGCCGCGAGAUAUUAACAGAAACGGCCGCGCAAGUGGACGGCGCUGCUGCGGCUUCUGUGUCUCCUGCGUUAAGCAUAAUACCUGCAGAUCCCGCUAUAACUCCUGGCCCAGGAGCAAGCCUGAAUUUUUCGGUGGAAACACUGCAAUAUUCGCACCCGAUACAGCCCCCACCCAGCUCAUCCGCCCGGAUUUCAGCCCCGGGCCUGUCUUCUGCCGCCCCUGGCGGCCCUAAUCUCAACGGCUCGCUGCCUGCUUUUGCGUUUCCAUCCGUAAACUUCUCCCUCCCCAUCACGUUGUCGUCACGUCCAACGGCUUUCCCACUCGCUUCGUCUGCAGAUCCAUCGCCACCGACGCCGCCAGGGUCCCAGUCUACUGCCAGCACCGCCACACCCUCGCCCGUCGCCCCCGCGAACGUAGUAAAGAGCGCUGCUGUGGCCACGGGCACGGAUGGAUCCGAACCUUCUUCUCGCCUGACGACUCCAGGCCCCCUCAAUCUAUCUUCUCCACAUGCAUCAGCACUGUCCACCAGCACCCCGGGCUAUGGGGUAUCGACGCCCUUAGCCACAUUCUCCACACCUUUCAGAUUUUCCAAUAUCACGCUCGCUGCCGCAACGGCUUUCCUAAUUUCGCCAAGCAUGGCUCUUUCGUUUCAUACCAUUUCGGCGGCCUCGCCGUCUGUUGCUUCUGCCUUACCGCCAUCAGGCGCCUUUCUUACAGAUUCAUUGUUCCCUUCCGUCCCGACUCUUUCGCACUCAAUGCCCGAUAAUACCAUCUCGCCCACCUCGUCAAGCUCCCCUACCUUUUCUCCAGACAGCGGUAGCAUAUUCGUGUGCGGCGAUCGCGCAUUCAGCCCUUCGGAAUACACCUGCUACGACGGCUCGACACUCUGCCCUGUGCAGGGUGGUGGUCGUCUUGAGUCCUGUGGGGGUUCCUGUUACGAUCCCGGGCUCUACGGUUGCGUGGACAACGGACUUCAGCCCAUUGUCGACGGAAAGAUUCUCGGUAGCAUAACCCCAUCCAACACGAUACCGGUGCCGGUCACGCAAUGGCCAAGUAGUGUGGCGACGCCGCUGCUGUCUGCAGUAUCAAGCAGCAGCCGGAUUUCGUCACACGCCUCGUCGAGGACAUCUUCAACUCUCUCCACCUCUACCAGAUCAUCUACCACUUCCUCCAGCACAUCGACCAGGUCCUCGUCAUCAUCAUCCUCUUCUGCUUCAUCGACCACAACAUCAACGACCUCGGCAUCCGCAUCAUCGUCCUCGACCGCCGCCCCCAACAGCGACGACGAUGACAACGGCAAUGGUCUCUCAACGAACCAAAUCGCAGCCAUCGCCUCAACAUCAGUCGCCGUCGUCGUCUUCCUCGUGGCUGGCUUCUUCCUCUUCCGCCGGCGCAAGACGCAAGCCGCGCAGCGCGCAUCUCAGCAAGUUUACCCGGAGCUAGCCUACCUCUACGACCCGCCCGUGCCAGGCUCGUCCGGCAACGGCUCGCGCGGAGCGCUGACCGGCCCUGGCGGCGGCGGCGGGCACAAUCCCGUCGGACCGUUCGUCGUGGGCGGCGGGCCAGGGGCCGGCAGCAGCGACGGUGUCGGUGUUGGUGCGACGGCGGGUACGCUAGGCGCAACGCUACGCGGCGGCGGGGGUAGUAGCGGCGACGACGACGACGACGACGGAUACCGACGUUCCAGUUCUCCCGAAGGCCGCUCGACCGGCAGUCGCAGCAGCAGCGUCGGCUCCGUCGUGUCCUACCUUGGGCCGGCGGGGAUGCCGCCCGUCAUGGGCGCGGCCGCUGCUACUGCUGCUGCUCAUGCCAUGAAUGGAUCGAGUUCAGGCUCGUCGAAUGCGGCCCUGCUGGCUGCUUCCAGACGGGAUGCGGCGGGGAACAACAGUUCUCUUGCGCCAUCGCCAUCGAGAGCCGACGGCGAGAGAGGCGCGAACAGGGAGGAGGUGCGGCCGUUUCUGGCUGCGGCUGGGGCGGUAGCAGCAGGCGGGUCGUCGGGAGCGUCUUCGAGGGAUGUAAGCGCGGAAAGAGAAGGUACACAUCAGCGAGACGAAGGCGCGCUGUGGAAGGGGAACGAAGCGGACCGAGAGAUGGGAGCGCAGCUGCACGAGCAGCAGAUUGAGGAAGCCCGGCAGAGGCGAGAGCGGGCACGCGCCUUCCUCAUGCAGGCCAAGGAGCGACAGGAGCUGCUCAACCGCGGGCCUGAUACUCCAUCAACCACCACUAUUGCUGGCGCCCUUGCUUCCAGGGGCCAGCAGCGUCGACCGUCGAACCCGAAGCUCCAGCGCACCCAGUCCGGAAAGCAACAGCAGUGGUGGCAGCAGUUCGCCGAACCCGCUUCUCCUCCCGCGACAUCUCCCACUCGAGCCGGCGCAAACACCCACAGCCCCAUCUACCCGCCCAUCUCCCCGACCUACCCGCGCUCCGGCCCCAUCCUGACCUCCCAGCACAUCGAGGCCAACCGCCUCGAGCAGGCCCAGCACGCCCGCGCCACCGCCGCCGCCGCAGCGACAUCCGCAGCCCCCACCGUCACCGCCUACCCAGCCUUCCACCGCCCGAGGCCGCCCAACUACCCGCCGCCGCUGCAGACCGCGCCCACGCCCUACACCUACACCAACGGCAACGCCGCCGCCAUGGCCGCCGCCGCAGCAGCAGCAGCAGCCAACGCUCACGGCCGCCCCUUCUUCCACCAGAACACGUCGUACAUGCCGCCCCACCGCGCCUCCUCCACCCUCGACAGCUACCCGUCCCUCCCUCCCCCCAUCAUCGUCAACAGCCCCGCCUCUCCCCCGCCGCAACCCCCGCAACCCCGUCGCGGCAGCAGCGGCAGCAUCCACACCGCCAUCGGCGGCGUCUACACGACGAUCCCGGAAGAAGUAGCAGCAGAACAACACCCGUCCUCGCUGCCGCUGCAGCAACAUCGCCCGCAACAGCAACAGCAACGCCAACGCAAGCAGAGCCUGACGUCCAUCAUGCGCCAGAUGAACGCGCUGGACGAGGAGGAGGAUGACGACGAUAACUACUCGGAAGACGCCGGCGAGGGCGAGGGCUUCUUGCGGGCGCCGCGGCGCGUCUUGAGCGUGCGCAACGGCGCGGUGACGCCGAGCACGGAUGGGGAGGACGAGGGGGGGGAUCACCAUCAGAGGGAUGGUGGGGCGAGGAGGCUUGGGGGGAAGGAGGUCAGGUGGGCGGGUGAGGAUGGUGGUGGUGAUGCCGGUGGUGGUGCGGGGAGGCGAUUGUUGUGA